AUGGUGGAUUCGCCGUUGAAUAUCAAGCCGGUGAAGAUACUGUUUGAUCCGAACUGCUCUCAUGCAGAGGAUGACAUUCCGCACUUCGCGUGGGUGAGCCAGAUGUUCAACCUGCGCCACGUGUACUUCAACUCGCGCGGACAGGCGUUUAACGACUCGUUCCUCUACGAUCGCAACGGCUGUGGAAGUGAACACAAGUUCGACGUACCCUCAGGUACAAGAGUCACAGUUUAUGACAAGAUAAUAAACCUGGCGCAUUGGAACGCGUACCAGUUCUACCACGGCAUCCUCGAGCUCGUCCCCGUCUUCUCCAUGCUCUCCAAGGCGCCGCACCUGCUGCGCGCGCUGCCCAUCGCCGUGCAGUACCUGCAGAUGGACUUUUUGGAAAAGCUGGGGACGUUUUUCAUCGGCAUGGAUAUGGUGCACAUGGAUCUGAGGGUUGUACCAGACGACGAGGUGUUCUUCGCUCACCAAGUGCUUCAGCCCUACUACCAGUGGUGUGGGCGGCCCAGUCGCUCCCUCUGGCGUCACUUCCGUCGGCUGUAUCUGCUGCCGCCCGAUGGCCUCCCCAUGUUCCUCCCUGAUUGGACCCCGCGCGUCAACAGUGCCAUGCAGUCAUACUCCAUCGGCUUCCCAGGUGCGCCUGCGGACUGGGUGGUGGUGCUGGCACAGCGAUACAACACGCGGGCGCUGGAGCAGCACGAGCAGGUGGAGCAGCUGCUGUGUGCGCCUGCGGACUGGGUGGUGGUGCUUGCACAGCGCUACAACACGCGGGCACUGGAACAGCAUGGGGAGGUGGAGCAGCUGCUGUGUGUGUGUCCCCUCGAUACAACACGCGCGCAGGUGGAGCAGCACGAGCAGGUGGAGCAGCUGCUGUGUGUGUGUCCCCUCUGCCCUCAUAUCUCCUUUCAUUCCUGUGAUGUCGCUUCUCACUCUACAAUGUCAGGUGCACCUGCGGACUGGGUGGUGGUGCUUGCACAGCGCUACAACACGCGGGCACUGGAGCAGCAUGGGGAGGUGGAGCAGUUGCUGUGCGCUCUCUUCCCUCGGGAGCGGGUGGUGGUGUUUGACGGCAGCCUGCGCAUUGCUGAUGGUGAGCGGGAGAUAGGGAGGGCAGCCAAGGCUCUGUUCAAUCGGGCGGUGCUCUUCGUGGCCGCGCACGGGGCAGCGCUGACCAACGCCAUCUUCAUGCCGUUCAAGUCGGUCCUGCUUGAACUGCGCCCCAGGGACUUUCACAAGGCGUGCUAUCACCACCUGGCCGAGGUGUGCGACCUGCAGUACUUGCUGCUGCUGUGUGAUGGGGCCAAGGAUACCCCACUUUCAUGUGACAUGAAUGAAGUGAGAAGUCUGCUGGAGGAGGUGCGAGGGCGUGUGGAUAAGGUGCUGGAAGAGGGGCCAGAAGCGUGCUACCACCACCUGGCGGAGGUGUGUGACCUGCAGUACCUCCUCCUCUUGUGCGAUGGAGCCAAGGACACGCCUCUGUCGUGUGAUAUGGGUGAAGUGAGGAGUCUGCUGGAGGAGGUGCGAGGGCGUGUGGAUAAAGUGCUGGAAGAAGGGCCGGAGGUGCAGCUAGAGGAGGAGGAAGAAGGGCAGCGUUGA